AUGCCAUCCGAACCUCUCUCCAACAAUUUAAUAACAGAAGAAGAGGCUGAACUGUAUGACAGACAAAUAAGACUAUGGGGCCUAGAAUCACAAAAUCGACUAAAACAGUCUAAAGUUUUACUAAUUGGGAUGAAUGCGUUGGCUGCAGAGAUAGCCAAAAAUAUUGUUUUGGCGGGUAUCUCCAGUCUCACAAUUGUAGAUGAUAAACAAGUCACUACUGAAGAUUUUGAAAACAACUUCCUGAUACCGCGUGAGUGUAUUGGAUUAAGCCGUGCCGAUGCGGUUAUUGCCCGUACUCAAAGCUUAAAUCCAAUGGUUAAAGUACAGUCUUCUGUAAUAGGAGAUGAUCUUAAAGAGAAAAUCCAAGAAUAUAAUUUGAUUAUCCUUAUCACCGAAUGUUCAAGCGUUCAUUUUAAACAGUGGUCAACUACAUGUGAUAUUGUGAGUAGCAUGGACAUGGAUACAAGACCAUAUAUAAUAUGUGCAUCAGUAUGUGGAUUGUUUGGACUCGCGUACAUAGAUCUUGGCUCGCAUGAGUGCUUGUCUGAAGACGUUAUAGUAAAGAAAAGAUCAAUGGUAGGGGUACCAUCCAGUUCAGUUCAAAAGUUAAAUAAAACAAGUGAAGCAUCGAAAACGGAGACAGUACUUGUAAAAAAGACAUUCAACUAUUGUCGUUUGUCAGAUAGCUUAUGUCUCAUCUCCAAAACGUUGAAAAAUAAAUCACAUGCUAAAUUUAUUCCUAAAGGAUAUUUCCUUAUGCAAGUUUUAAACCAAUGUUCUAUCGACGAAGCACCAUUUACCUUACCAUAUUUACAGUCUCAGUGGCAAAAAGUAUCAAAGUCUUUGGAUGUAGAUGAAACAAUACUUUCCAAUGAAGAUUUAGAAUGUUGUUCUGGUCCUAUAAUCCCAGCUGUUAAUCCAGUACUCGGUGGUGUUGUAUCCCAGGAAAUAAUCAGGGCCAUAACAAGAAAAGGUGCACCACAUGGAAAUUGGUACUUUUUUAAUGGAUCACAGUGCUCAGUUACUGUCGAUUGGUUGCCGCCAAAUGAAGAGAAGUCAUAA